GAAGAGAAGAGAGGGGAAGGAGACGGGGAAGAGAAGAGAGGGGAAGGAGAGGGGGAAGAGAAGAGAGGGAGGAGAGAGGGGGAAGAGAAGAGAGGGGAAGGAGACGGGGAAGAGAAGAGAGGGGAAGGAGACGGGGAAGAGAAGAGAGGGGAAGGAGACGGGGAAGAGAAGAGAGGGGAAGGAGACGGGGAAGAGAAGAGAGGGGAAGGAGACGGGGAAGAGAAGAGAGGGGAAGGAGAGGGGGAAGAGAAGAGAGGGAGGAGAGAGGGGGAAGAGAAGAGAGGGGAAGGAGACGGGGAAGAGAAGAGAGGGGAAGGAGACGGGGAAGAGAUGAGAGGGGAAGGAGACGGGGAAGAGAAGAGAGGGGAAGGAGAGGGGGAAGAGAAGAGAGGGGGAGAGGGGGAAGAGAAGAGAGGGGAAGGAGACGGGGAAGAGAAGAGAGGGGAAGGAGAGGGGGAAGAGAAGAGAGGGAGGAGAGAGGGGGAAGAGAAGAGAGGGGAAGGAGACGGGGAAGAGAAGAGAGGGGAAGGAGACGGGGAAGAGAAGAGAGGGGAAGGAGACGGGGAAGAGAAGAGAGGGGAAGGAGACGGGGAAGAGAAGAGAGGGGAAGGAGACGGGGAAGAGAAGAGAGGGGAAGGAGACGGGGAAGAAAAGAGAGGGGAAGGAGACGGGGAAGAGAGAGGGGAAGGAGACGGGGAAGAGAAGAGAGGGGAAGGAGAGGGGGAAGAGAAGAGAGGGAGGAGAGAGGGGGAAGAGAAGAGAGGGGAAGGAGACGGGGAAGAGAAGAGAGGGGAAGGAGACGGGGAAGAGAUGAGAGGGGAAGGAGACGGGGAAGAGAAGAGAGGGGAAGGAGAGGGGGAAGAGAAGAGAGGGGGAGAGAGGGAAGAGAAGAGAGGGGAAGGAGACGGGGAAGAGAAGAGAGGGGAAGGAGAGGGGGAAGAGAAGAGAGGGAGGAGAGAGGGGGAAGAGAAGAGAGGGGAAGGAGACGGGGAAGAGAAGAGAGGGGAAGGAGACGGGGAAGAGAAGAGAGGGGAAGGAGACGGGGAAGAGAAGAGAGGGGAAGGAGACGGGGAAGAGAAGAGAGGGGAAGGAGACGGGGAAGAGAAGAGAGGGGAAGGAGACGGGGAAGAAAAGAGAGGGGAAGGAGACGGGGAAGAGAGGGGGAAGAGAAAAGAGGGGAAGGAGAGGGGGAAGAGAAGAGAGGGA